GUAUCCGGAUGGUUAUUCUGGAUAGUAUAGGUGAUGUUCAUUUUAUUCAUAAAUCAAAGAUUUAGCCCAUUGUACGUUUCGACGCUCGAUCUAGUUCGUGCCUGCUAUUAUCUAUUUUUCAGUCUUCAAUCUGAGUUUCGAAAGCACAAGAGAGAGAAUGGACGCCAUUGAUUCAGUGUUCGAUCCCCUCAGAGAGUUCGCCAAGGACAGCGUAAGGCUCGUCAAGCGUUGCCAUAAACCCGAUCGCAAAGAAUUCUCCAAGGUUGCUGUUCGUACUGCAAUCGGAUUCGUGGUUAUGGGAUUCGUUGGCUUCUUCGUCAAGCUCAUCUUCAUUCCCAUUAACAACAUCAUCGUCGGAUCUGGUUAGAGUUUGUAACAGCCGUUGCACGUCUUUGACAUUGGAAAGAGCGUCAGUGCCGCCAUAACUCAGGUAGAUAGGAAGGCUUUUCAGAAUUCUGGUCAUGUCAUACACCAGAGGAGUCGGCUGUCCAUAACAUCUUGUAUUUUUAUCUAUGUUCAUGUAAUCAAAUGUUGCUAUUGUUCCUUGUCUGAUCACUGUGAUAACAAUAGGAUUAAAACUUAGUUUCAAUUCAUAUGAAGCAAAUUUUAGUUAUAAACAGCUCUUUCUAGCUGAAUUUUCAGAAUCUAAAAUUCCUUUUCGUCA